GAGAGAGAGAGAGAGUGUUGUAAGAGAAAGAGAAGCGUACUUUUUAGACCCGUAGUGUGACUCCAUAGCAUCAGAUCAACCGCCGCUUCAAUCAUGAGAGCAACAACGUUUCUCCUCCGCCAAUACGGUGUUGUGGUUUUGUGCUUCUUAGGAAGCACCACGCUUGCAGACGCUGCCUCUGUUGGUGCUGCUGCUGCUUGUGCCCAAAAGGGCUGUAACGCUGCACCUUUCGAAGAACUGCUGAUCCUGUUUAAGGACGACAAACUACACGCUUUUUCCGAUGCCGUCUCACAAGAACUGGAAGGAGACAUUCGAAGCCAAGAGGAAUGGCUUCCAGUCAUCGCCUCCUUGAAAAAUGGCAGCCAUCCUGAAUACCUCUUCGAAGAACCUUUUGCUUUCCGUCAGAAUCAGACGGGAUCUUCCAAGUCUUCUUCUGGGACAAUCACUCUCUUCAACAAUCAGAUCUACGGAAAGUUGGAAAAACAGGGCACAAAAGGGAGCUAUUCUUCCAUCAACCUUUACCUCAUCACUUCAAAGGCCCCCAACAUCCCAGAAUACCUCUUCGCCGUGGGAACAGUUUCUCGUGUUCAUUUCUCCUUCGAGGGGAGCUCAGUUGUCGCUUGGCAAGGUGUCGCCAGAUCACUUUCCUUCAUGAAAUACAUCAACGGCUCUUACAUCUACUUCGGAAAUGUCUCCUCUGGCAUGAAGGGUAAGGCGCAGCUGAAAAAUGACACGGGUCUGCUCGUCACCACCGACACCCUGACGGUCACGAACACAACUUCUGAACCAAUGAAGACCGUGACGAACGCCAGCUACAGCUUGAGCUUCGAAGGGGGCGAAUCUACCGAAAUUUCCGGCAACCAAGAGAUAUCUCUGACCUCCAACGGCAUCAAGACGUCCCUGAGUCUCGAUGGGUCCUUCCCGGGGAAAGGAGGCGGCCACUUCUCCAUUUCCUCCACAGGUCAGACGAGCAGCAUCCACAUGAACAACCCAGUUGAUUUGGUCUUGCAGUUCGAAGGUCAGACGUCUUUCGACGCUGCUCAACCUUUCAGUGACGAGAGCUUGCCAAGUCUUUUCAACGGACUUCCUUGGGGUUCGGCAAACUAACCUUCACCGAAGGUUUAACUACUGUUGGCCAUAUGUAAACAGUACUUUCCUCCAUAGGAAGGCAGCCAAUCAUACACGAGCUUGCUAAGCUAUAAUGUAAUCCUUGCUUUUGGGAGUGAAAUAAAAAGCAAAAAUGAGGAAGGGUAACGUCACAGUUAAUGUUAGUGCUCUGUAUUCUGUAUUCUGCCGGAGCGAUUUACCAGGCAAAGUGAAGGUACGCCUGGAGGCUUAUAAAGUAGAGUAGAGGUAUACCUGGAGGUGUAAUGGUAUUGCCAGAACCCUCACACGGUGGAAAUAUUCAGAACUCCUUUGACGUAAUUUUAUCACUCAUACUAAAAUUUAGAUCUAGAGCUGCACAAUACUAAUUGUUGCUAAUAGAUAGAUAGCCCGCAGAUUUAAUGCUAGUACAAAUCUUCAGCCAUUUCAAAAACAAAUUCUCAUUUCUAAAUCAUCACGUUAACCUCACUUCCGUACUUACUACCAAUAUAUAAUCAGUUUCCAGUUGGGUAUUGUGGGUAUUGUGCCAACAGAAGCACUAACAACAUGCUGCCAAACUACCCGGUCUUAAAUUGUGUCAAAAGCUAUGAUUAGCCACGUCAGACUUUUGCUACUUAAACCAAAAUCACUUCUUCUGUAGUCAGUAAGAAUUGUGGAUAUAUGUAUAUAAGAUUUACAUAUAGGGUUUAUUUAUACCAAAAAUUAAUGUGAAUAUAAUUUAUAUUUAUUAUUAUUUUCUUAUCUUUUGGAUUCUCAAAUAAAGAUACCAAAGAGCAAUAGAACUGAGAAAACUAUUGCACAAAUAAGAUGUCUUUGAAAGAGUCGUGACGAAUUUACGAGUUAUUCAUCAUAAUGUCUUAUUUCACUUAUUUAUUCCAAAACAUUUUUCAUUACACGUUACUUAAUGUAAAAAGACCAGAUGAAGAAGAGAAUUUAUGAAUGAUUAUACAGUGCGAAUAUACACAGCAAUAAUAUAUAUAUAUAUAUAUAUAUAUAUAUAUAUAUAUAUAUAUAUAUAUAUAUAUAUAUAUAUCAGUACAUAUACACGUGUAUGUACUUAUGCUGUAUGUAUGUUUGUAUAAGUAUGAGUGAUUAGGUGCCUUGAAUUUAGUUUGAUUUGAUGGGAUCUGAGUGGCUGUUUUUUCAUAAUUUGAAUGUUGCCAAUUUUCUGUGAAGCAGUUUUUCGUAUUUUUAUGUAUCAGAGUUAAAUCUAUCAUCCAUAUCAGUAUUUAACAUUUAUACAAUUUGCAAUAUAUAAUGAACAUGAACUAUUCAUUUCGUCUUUUCCUGUCCUAAGGGAAGCCUAGGAUCAGAAAUCCUGGGUUGGAGUUAGUAGAGGUGUCAGAUUGAGUGGGCCUUAAUGUCUAGCUGGCUAAGGUGUGAGGGCAAAACAAAUGACAUUUAAUAAAUAAAGUGACUGCACA